UACCAGCGCGAGGUACUUCGAGCGCCAUUUUCUCUCUUCUCCUCACACUGCGCGGCCACACGCAAGCACACAGCGUACACACACGGCGCAGGCACUACGAGUUCAGCUGAGAUGUCCGACUACUCCACCGUCCCCCCGCCUAACGCGGCCUCCGCCGCCGGGGUCAACGACGCCUUCUUGGACGCGCUGCAGAGGGCGAGACAGAUUGCUGCUAAAAUAGGAGGAGAUACAGCACCACCUAUGAAUUCGAAUGACUAUAACUUUUCAGGACAGAAGAGACCACUGGAUGAUGGAGAUCAGCCAGAGGCAAAGAAAGUAGCGCCAACAAAUGACUCGUUUCAACCUGCAAUGCCUCCCAUGCAUCAACAGAGGUCUGUUCUUACUGAAGAGUACAAAGUUCCAGAUGGGAUGGUUGGAUUCAUCAUUGGUAGAGGUGGUGAACAGAUAUCACGCAUUCAACAGGAAUCUGGCUGCAAGAUUCAGAUUGCUCCAGAUAGUGGUGGACUACCUGACCGUUCCUGCAUGUUAACUGGAACCCCUGAUUCUGUCCAGGGUGCAAAGAGGUUGCUUGAUCAAAUUGUUGAAAAGGGAAGGCCAACUCCUGGAUACCAUGGAGAUGGCCCUGGAAACUCUGUUCAGGAAAUCAUGAUUCCGGCUGGUAAAGCUGGAUUGGUCAUUGGAAAAGGAGGGGAAACCAUUAAACAACUUCAGGAACGUACAGGUGUCAAGAUGGUCAUGAUUCAAGAUGGACCCCAAAACACAGGAGCAGACAAGCCGUUAAGAAUUACGGGCGAUCCAUACAAAGUGCAGCAAGCUAAGGAUAUGGUAUUAGAAUUAAUACGUGAUCAAGGAGGUUUCAGAGAGUCAAGGAAUGAUUAUGGAUCAAGAAUAGGCGGGAAUGAAGGGAUUGAUGUACCCAUACCACGGUUCGCUGUUGGAAUUGUAAUUGGAAGGAAUGGUGAAAUGAUCAAGAAAAUCCAAAGUGACGCAGGCGUUAGGAUUCAGUUUAAACCCGAUGAUGGCUCAACUCCAGAAAGAAUAGCACAGAUCACAGGUCCUCCAGACAGAUGUCAACAUGCUGCAGAGAUUGUAACAGACUUGCUGCGCAGUGUCCAGGCUGGGAAUGCUGGUGGUCCUGGCCCAGGUGGCAGAGGAAGGGGCAGAGGACAAGGAAAUUGGAAUAUGGGCCCACCAGGUGGUCUACAGGAGUUUAACUUUGCUGUUCCCACAGUAAAAACUGGGCUCAUCAUUGGAAAAGGUGGGGAAACUAUUAAGAACAUAAGCCAACAAUCCGGAGCCAGAAUAGAGCUUCAGAGGAAUCCUCCACCAAACUCUGAUCCAAACAUGAAGCUGUUUACUGUGCGUGGCUCUCCACAACAGAUAGACUAUGCAAGGCAACUUAUUGAAGAAAAAAUAGGGGGCCCAGUUAAUCCGUUAGGCCCUCCAGUUCCUCAUGGACCCCCCGGAGGAGUUCCCGGCCCCCACGGACCUCCUGGACCCCCAGGCCCCGGUGCUCCUAUGGGACCAUACAACCCUCCACCAUAUAACCCAGGUCCUCCAGGCCCAGCACCACAUGGUCCUCCUGCGCAAUACGCCCCUCAGGGCUGGGGCAACACCUAUCCACAUUGGCAGCAGCCAGCUCAGCCAGACCCAAGUAAAGCAGGAACAGACCCCAAUUCUGCAGCAUGGGCAGCUUAUUAUGCUCACUAUUAUCAGCAACAAGCACCCCAGCCACCUGCAGCUCCAUCUGCUGGACCAGCUCCAACCCAAACUAAUGGACAAGUUGAUGCCCCAGCUGCCCCUCAAGCUGGGCAAGUGGAUUACACGAAAGCCUGGGAAGAGUAUUACAAAAAAAUGGGUCAGCAAGCCCCACCUCAAGACUAUUCAAAAGCAUGGGAAGAAUAUUACAAAAAGCAAGGCCAAACGGUUCCAGCUGCAGGCGCAGCACCACCUGCUGGCCAGCCUGAUUACAGCGCUGCCUGGGCAGAGUACUACAGACAACAAGCUGCAUAUUACGCACAGACGACAAGUCCCCAAACAAUGCCACAGCACCCUCCUGCGCCUCAGGGCCAGUAAUGCGAAGUGGACAGUACAGUAUUUGCUUCAUUGUGUUGGGGAAAACCUUUGUUAAAUGUUUGGAUGCAGACGCCUUGAUGAAGAUCUUAAUUUCUUUUGUUUUUGGUUUAAACAAUGUUUUUUUUGAAAAAUGUACAGAAACUAUCACUACUGACUGAUAGGAGGCUAUAUUUCUGUGUAGAAAUGACAAAUUGGUUUGUUUUUAGUAUAUUAGUGUAGAUGUACACAUUCCAGCAAAUGUAUUUGCAACUAUUAUGUGGUCAAAGAAUGCUUUGUGAUACAAAUGUACUUUUUCAAUGUAUACUUCAUCACUUUUAAAAAUGCCUGUUUUGUGCUUUACAAUAAAUAAUAUGAAACCUCCUGUGUCGGUAAGUUGGAUAUGUGAGUAUUUAAAAGGAAAAUUCUUCUUUUUUUUUUUUUUUUUUUAAAUGAAUGGUUUAACAAGGUAAUGGAAGUAUUUUAUAACAUGAAUACAUUUUCUUCUCAGUUUCUCGUUAUGAGAAUUGUAUUUUAUGCUCUUGUAGGUUUGGAAUUACCAUUGCUGUAGUAAGCAUUACGCAUUUUGUUUUUCAUGCAUGUAUAUAACCUUAAAGCAGGUGUGUUUAAAAGACCACUGUUAUGACCUGUAAAGCACUCUUCAUACCGUUCUGUUUUUGUUUUUCAUAAAUUUAUAUAUUUCCA